CUUUUUUUUUUUUUAAACAUAACAGACUUUGACGGGACAAAAAUUGAAACUAUCUCCACCGUACCAAAUUGAAACUGCAACCGUGUGAGACACUCACUCGCAUAAUCCAUCAAUGACCGAUCAAGAGUCACCGGUGUCCACGGAAGCUUCCGGAAUCGGCGAAGUAAAAGAAUGGCUAGCCAAAACCUUCGAAGUUGCAGGCAAACCCGUUCCCGAAUUCGAAUACACUCCACGCAGUGUCUCUCAUUUGCACCAUCUCUCAACCCUCUCCAAAUCUAAAGACGAAGCCGCACGUCUCGUCGCUCGUGAUUACCGUCUCAAAGCCUCUGAAUAUAGAUCCCAAGCUGCUAGGAUUAGAGAGAUUCUGGAGAAUGUAGGUUUGGCUCAGGAGAGUUUACCAUCCAAUGUUGUUGCGUCUGCGCAGGUUCUUGCAAAUGUAGCUAAUUUGUUGAAUAUAAGAGAUACUGAACUUAGUAGCUUUCUUGUGGCAAUGGGUGAUAUUUCUUUGAGGAAGACUGGUGUGGAGGAAAAAAGGGCUAAAGUGCAUAAGGAGUCGAAGUUUCUUCUCGAUUAUACUAGAAAGGCUAUAGCUAGGCUAACAUAUUUGAAAAGAACAUUAGCCCAAUUGGAAGAUGAAGUAGCUCCGUGUGAGGCUCAGAUGGAAAGCUGGAGCACGAACUUGCAAGUGAUGGCUGCAAAAGAAAGGCAGUACAUGCAACAAUCUGCCAACUAUAAGGUGGUGCUCAACCAUACGGGCUAUUCCCCAGAGGUUAGCCAUAGGGUUUUGGUUGACAUGGCUGAGCAUAGGAAGGAGCUGGAAAAGAAAACUAAGCCCAUCCUUGAUACUCUAAGGAGCUAUCAAGACUUGCCUCCGGAUAAGGCUCUGGCUGCCUUAGCAAUUGAAGAUAAAAAAAGGCAAUAUGCUGCUGCUGAGAAGCAUCUUGAAGAUGUAUUGCAAACAGCUCUUUCAAACUCGGGGUGAUACACUAAUGUAAUUUAUAAGCAUAUUUUCUGGGUUUGGUUUUAAGCUUCGCUUGUUUUUUUAUUUUUUAUUUUUUUUACAACAAGCUUCUGUUUUUAAACUAGGCUAAAAAUGUAUACUGCCUACAACAAUGAUAUAUUUGUGCUUCAAUUGAUAAAUGGAUCGGAAGACAGUUGACAGAAGUUGACCACUCAUACAGAAACGUUGUAUUAGCAAUUGUAUAUUCAAUUUUUUAAUUAAAUUAUUACGUUUCAAGCCA